CACAAGUUCAACUUCAGCUUGCUGAGCUUACGGAGGCCGCCAAAGUUUACUCAUCUCUCUUCAACUCUAAACUCUUGUUGCCGUGUCAUCAUCAUCUAGCAGGUCAAAUUUACGCACCAACGUAAUCUGUGUGUGCGUGUACCCGUAUCCAAGUGCGGAGGACUUGAAUACUGACAGAAGUUCAAGACUGCUGGAUUUCAUUGCUGAUAUAGCCAACACAUCUCCCACCAUCAACGGCAUGGCAGGGCUCAGGAUGGGCUGGAGCAGUACGCUCCUGGUCCUCGCUCUGCUUCUUGUCGUUCUUCCGGGAAAAGCUGCCGCGUUCGGUGCUGGCAACAUUCCCUCAAUCGCCCAGGUUGAGGGCCACAACUGGAGACAUGGAGACAUCGAGGACGUGCUCAAGACCCUCGCCUUCCUGCAUGGGAAGAAAUGGACGACGCUGAUGGUCUCGCGCGUCUACUUUGGCAACUGGUUGCGAGACUACUCGCAGGCGGUCGAUGUCGGUAGCUUGAAGGGAAUCAAUGCAGCCACCAUUAGAAUCAUCGUCUGGGUCCUGUCCUUCAUGGCCCACGGCUACGCAACCGAGGAAUUUGAGGUGACCGACGAGCGCUUGGGCGUCUACCGACCGGAGGAGCACAUCGACAACCCGCUUGGCUAUGCCGACAACCAGGAUGCCCGCAAGUAUGAUCCCCGCCUGCGCCCUCCCGUGGAUCCCAGGGAACUCGAGAUCGACCCGCGGACUGGCAUGAAGAACUACAUCGCCAACGAGCACGGCGGCUGGGCCACCAGCGCCGGCUACUUGCGCUAUAGCUUCACCCGCAGCAUCCACUAUGGCCGGCUCUACACCAGCGGCUCGCAUGGCGCGGCGGGCAAAGAGGCUGAUCUAUGUGAAGCUCUGCGGUGCCUGGGUCAGGCCCUCCACUGCAUGGAGGACUUCCCCGCUCACAGCAACUACUGCGAGCUUGCCCUCAUUGAGAUGGGCUACCACAACGUCUUUCCUCACUGCGGCAGUGCUACCCAGAUCCACUUGAAUGGCAGGACCGUCUAUCCUCUGGUUACUGGGACGUUUGGAGCGGUCGAUUUCUUGCACUCUGUUCUCGGCGAGGCCAACGACCAUUUCACUCAAUCCGAGGUCGAUGAGAUGAAUGUUGCCCUCCUGAACGCCGAGCAACUGAACAGAGCCAGCGGCGAUGGCCAACGCGGCAUCUUUGGCUUGAACUUUGGCUCUGGCGGCGGCGACUUUAUUUCCAUGAUCUCCAAGCUCCCUGGUGUCGGCGAUGGCUACGCCUCUCAGGCUAGAAACCUAAAGGCCAUGUCAGAGGCUCAGGAGCAGGAAAACGCCCGCUCUGCCCACAGCGAUGUACGCGCCGCCAACGCCAACGUCGUCCCUGGCAUGAGCGCCAACUUCGAUCCGGUCAAGGUCGCAGGGCAGAUCUACCCGAUCCUCGAAUUCCGCGACAAGAUUGUCCGGUCCAUCAACAAUAUGAUCUCCAAGAUCCCCGGCCUCGAGAGUCUGCUGGAGCGCAUUAGCGAGACGCUGACGGCUUUCAUUCUGGGACUGCUCGCGCCCUUUAUCCGCCCCAUCAUCAACCAGGUGUCGCAGGUGCUGAAGGAAGGCUCCUCCGGCCUGAUCGAGACGAGCGCUCAACAGCAGCUGGAGCCGUGGACCAACCCGCGCUGCGACAACCCGACCCACUCGAUGCUGUCCAAAGACCACUUCACCAACAUCCUCAACUCGUGCGCCGGCCGCGUGGCCGCUACCAUCCUGGAAUAUGUCGUUCCCCGCGUCGUCUACGCCUGGGAGAACCCUGGCGUCCCCGUCGACGAGGUCGUCAACGACGUGCUCCGAGCCUUCCACCACCCGGCCGCCCGCAACGAGCACAUCCAGAUCCAGCGCGACAUGUUCGAGACGGUGCGCAAGUGGACGCAGGAGACGCCCCACCGCCACCAGCUCAACCACCUCCUCUCGUCCGAGUCCGUCCGGAACCACAAGAACCACAUCCUCCCCAGCGGCCAAAGCUCGCGCGGCCUUGGCGGCGGCGGUGGUGGUGCAGGCGGAUGCGGCCACGGCGACGGCGGCCACGGCAAGCCCGCCGGCUCGCUCUGGUCGCAGAUCCAGACGCAGAACCGCGAGAGCGCCAGCGGCAGCCACUAUCAUGCGCCGCCACCACCGCCCACGCACGGCCAGGCAGCGGGCUACUACGGCGCCGGCGCACCUCACGGACGGCCUGAUUCCUCUGGCGGCAGCGGGUAUGCGGGGAGCUACGGCCACCCUACACCGCCGCCUCCUCUUCAACCUCAACCUCACUCAGGGUAUGGGUACCAGCACCAGGGUCCGUACGGACAACAUCCGCCGCCCGGCCCGCCGUCGCAUCAGGGAGGGUAUUACCAGGGCCCGGGUCCGGGACACCACCAGCCCCCUUACGGUGGAGGAGGAGGAGGAGGCGGAUAUGGUGCGCCGCCGCCCCAGCCGUCGCCGUAUCCGCCUCACGGACAGCCGCCUUCGUGGGGCCAGUAUCCGCCGUAUUAAGAACAUGGCAGAACGACGUGGGAGGUGGUAUUGAACUGAGCCAAAAAGGGGUCUCUAAUGAAAUGAUCAUGUUGUGAUAUCCUGAUUUACUUUGUUAUCAUUUCAGACCGGGUCUAAGAUGGGACACCCCGUCGUUGUCUCGUUGCGUUGGCGUCUAUCUCGCCGGCUUUUCUUUCUUUCUUUCUUUUUUUUUUUUUUUUUUUUUUU